CCCCUCCCAGGCCCGCGUCUCGCCGCCACGGCAGUGGGCGCGCCGUGCCGUGGCACGUGGGUCCAGUCGAGGUCCCCCGGCCGGCAGGGGGCGUGAGACCUCGGCCUCACGCUGGCGUCCACGGGGGCCGGAAGUCCCUCCCCGGAAGGCGUCAUGGGGACGACGGCGGAAGUGGGAGAAGUACCGCCCCUUGGGCUGUGCACUUUCUUGGCGCCGCGGGCGCGGGGACCCUGCUGUCAGCCUGGCUUCCUCACUUCUCCGCCGCCCGCUGUCCGCCACCCCGGUCGCCGCCGCGUCCUUCUCCGAAUGCUGGGCGGCCGGCAGUCGCGUCCGGCUGUUGCAGGCGGUGGACACGGAGCACACCGUGGACUCGGUGGAGUGGUGCCCGCUGGAGGGCUGCAGGCACUUGCUGGCGUGCGGCACCUACCAGCUGCGGAAGCCGGAGGACCAGCCCGCCGACCCGGAGAGCAAGAGUGGACUGGAUGUUGAUGAGCCUCAAAUUCGUUUUGGUCGUCUCUACCUGUAUAGUUUCAAUGAGGACAGCUCUUCUUGCCCCCUGGUUGAGGUCCAAAGAAGAGAUACUUCGGCAAUCCUGGACAUGAAAUGGUGCCACAUCGCGGUGGCCGGCCGUGCGCUCUUGGGAGUGGCGGAGGCUGCUGGGUCCAUAGAGCUACUCCGCUUGGUGCGAUCCGAGCAGAACUCUUACACACUACAGCCGUUCUCCCGCUUUGCCCUGGAAAAGCAGUGUCUGGCCUUGUCCUUGGACUGGUCCACUGGGAAAGCCGGAAGAUUUCCCCACUGCUUCCCUGUGUCUAGGGCCGGUGACCAGCCCUUGAAGAUCAUUAGCAGCGACUCCAGCGGGCAGCUCCAUCUCCUGCAGGCGUACCAGGCAGGGCCAGGAAUGCAGGCCGUGGGCACGUGGCAGGCCCAUCACUUUGAGGCCUGGGCUGCUGCUUUCGAUUACUGGCAGACGGAAGUCGUGUAUUCAGGUGGGGACGAUGGCCUUCUGAAAGGCUGGGACACCAGGACCCCUGGCACACCCGUGUUCACAAGCAGGAGACACUCCAUGGGCGUGUGCAGCAUCCAGAGUAGCCCCCAUUGCGAGAACAUCUUGGCCACGGGAAGCUACGACGAGCACGUUCUUCUCUGGGACACUCGGAGCGUGAAGCAGCCGUUGGCGGACGUGCCCAUGCAGGGCGGGGUGUGGAGGCUCAAGUGGCACCCUUUCCACCACCACCUGCUCCUGGCAGCGUGUAUGCAUGGUGGCUUUACGAUCUUCGACUGCCAAAAGGCAAUAGAGGAGAAUCAGGAAGUGCUCCCAGUCACUCUGUCCUACACCUUGCCCAACUCGCUGGUGUAUGGAGUCGACUGGUCCUGGCUGUACUUCCGCCGCUUGCCGCAGACCCAUCCGUCAUUCUGCUUGGGGUCCUCUCCUGGCAGCGACCCAGGAGGCAAAACAGCAGACCCAGUCUGUUCCCUGAAGGAUGCGGCCCAGUCACCAGCACCCUGUUUUGAGCGUUUAGCUGAUGCUGAUGGAGCGGGUGGUGCCAGACACCAGAGUGGAGGCAAGCUGAAGCCCUCUCCAGCCCUUUGCAGAGGACAAGGCCGGCUGCGUGCCUCAGGGGUCCAGAUCUGUGAGCGUGGCCACUCUCUGGAGGCAGCUGACUCUGACGUCAGCCUUGUGGCCACUUGCUCCUUUCAUGAUCAUGUUCUUCACCUCUGGAAGUGGGAGAACAGCUGAGCUAGGGCAGUUACUUGGUUUGACAUCAUAAAGACCAUUUCCACCAAUAAAACCAAGAGUAUGUCUUUAUCUUUUCUGAGAAUGAAGU